AUGAGUCUUCUCAACUCCAUCUUGUCGUCUAUCAACGGCGAACAACCCGCUCCUCCUCGUUCACAAACACUCUCCUCUACCGCAAGAUCAAAUCCCCCGUCGCGAAAUCCCACCCCUCAGCAAGUGCCACCCAAACGGAAAGCCGACGACGCUGCUAGCGACUUCAAGCCAAAGGUCGCAAGAACCGAUACCAACACCUCACGAUUUGAUCAAAAUGCUUCUCUCGCUCCACCUCCGUCACGCAGCACUACUUCGUCCCCAGCCCAAAGAGCCGCAGUCCCGCCACCCAAGCCUGCGAUUCCAUACCGAGGUAGUGGCCCUUCAGCAAAAGUACAAUCAACAUCGAAACCUGCCACUACUCAGUCUGCGCCAGUGAGACCGUCUGCGGUUCCCACCACAUCUUCAACGACGCCUGCACCUGCUAAAGGAGGUUAUCUGGCCGUUCUGGAAGCGGCGAAGCAGAAUGCCGAAGCCGCUAAACUAGCUGGACAAAUCAAGCAUAAACCGGUCGAAAAGCUCACGAAGAAGGAUCGUCAACGUCUAGUCGAGGAAGCUCGUGCCGCACAGAAGGGCAAACCACUGGCGAAGGAUGCAAAGGCCGGUCUAAAAUCUAGAGGCAAGAGUGCCGAGCCUCUGGUUGAUGCGAAGACCGGUGUGCCAGCCAAGGAUAAGAGAAAGCCUGUUGAGGUCGCAUACAAAGGUACCAUGCGUUCAAAUGCUCCUGCUGCUCCUGCCUAUCGUGGUACCAUGGGAGGCCCUGGAGGCGCUGCUGCUCGUAAGCCGCUACCCAAGGCAUCAGCAUCCAGCAGGUCUGGCUAUGGCGCUGGUCGUCGCUACGCUUCAUACUCUGAUGAGGAAGAGGAGGAGGAAGACGAUGAGUCAGAAGACGACUACGAAUCUGGAUCUGACAUGGAAGCUGGCGUGGACGAGAUGUACGAAGAAGAAGAAGCAUCCGCACGCAUCGCAAGGCGCGAAGAUGCAAUAGCUUUGGCUGAGGAGAACGAACACAAGCGCCAGAAACUCGAACGCAAACGCAAGUUGGAAGAACUCGCUUCAAAGCAAAAGAAGCGCUUUUAA